AUGACCGACGGGUUUUACCCUGAUGAGCGAAAAGUUAUACCAACAGAAGGAAAAUCAAGAAGCAGAACACUUUUUCUAGAUGCAACACGAUUCUUCGUUACUUCAAUACAAUUGGGUGGCGGAACACAGCGUAUCUUCAAGAAACGAAGAUCAGAGUGGACUUUACGUCCUGAUUCUUGAAAGAUGCACGGUUCCGGAAACACCUGCUCUUUUUCUCCGCGAAAUCGUGAACGUCUAUGAGGAAGUUCCAAUUUUGGCUGUGAUAAUCGGAAGCCUGUGCCCUGGUCAUAGGACCUUGACUCUUGUCCUGAGUGGAUUCGACCAGGUUUUCAACGUUAUCGUAAGAAGCCAACCUGCUUACCAACAUCUGCUCGUAGACUGUCAAGAGUGUAUUGGUCGGACACUAGGGAUUGUCAGGGUGUUUCUUCCGGGCGUGAAGCUGGUCCUGGAAUCGGAGAUAGGUGGAAAUAUGUAUUGGGGGCUUGGAGAGGAUUGGGUGGGAGAACCUGUGUGUAAACAGCAGAAAAAAGCGCUUCGUGAAAAGUGGAGAAGCAGCUACCUCAGGUGUUUGGAGAAUGGGUAUACGCCUGCAACUUGGUAUGGCCUCCAACGUGGAAAGGAUUACACAAACAUCAAGUAUGGAGAUGAGGAGUAUGUUAGAGAAUGCAUUUGUGAAUUUCUCCUUGGGGAUGAGGCAUCUACGGGCAAGAGACGUUUCCAUGGUUCAUUUUCAGCUGCCUUUGUUGCUACGAAGCUUUUGUGCUAG